UUUAAGAUUUGUCUUCAGAACGCAAUUGACUAUUUGAUCAGCCUAUGAGACAGACAAAAAAGAACAUUAUAGGAACAGAAACCAAAGACAACAUCAAAACGUUACUGUUCUGUUCAUCCGCGCGGACUGAAUGCGUUUGAGAGCGGUCGCUUUAUAGUAGAUGGAGGAUGAUGAAGAAGAGGACCUACGAUCUCUCUCUCUCUCUCUGACUUCAUGAGUUUUAACUACAAAUAGAUGUUUUUUGAAUGAUGAUGAUUAGAGAGAAGAAGGAUAUAAACCCUCUCUUACUGAAAUUUGGGGUGGCUUUAGCUAUUUCUUUUGCUGGAUUUCUCUAUUCUCGCGUCAGAGCCAGAAGGAUCAAGCUCUCCUCACCUCCUCCCUCACCACGCUCUUCGGAUAAUGGCAGUGAAGUUACUCUGGACCUACAUUCCAUCAAGACAACAUCCACUUCCAGCGAUCCUGUUUCUGUUGCCGAAGAAAAAUAUGAAGAGAAACGCAUGCCAAAGGCCAGUAUUGAUUGCAGGGUUAAACACUCUCCCAGCAGUAAAAUCAGUGUAGAUAAAGAUGGGUUCCUCUUGCCAGAGUUUGAAGAUCUUGUGAAGGAGUUUAACUCUGCUCCUGCAAAUGCUGGCUUCUCUCCCAAGAAAGAUGAUGAAACACCCAGGCUCAGGUCAAAUAUGGAAACUCCAAAAGCCUUUAGGAGUGCUGAAAAGGAUCAAUAUGAGCAAGAGAUCAAGCACCUGAGAAACACGGUCAGAGUGCUUCGGGAGAGGGAGAGGAAUCUUGAGGUUCAAUUGCUCGAGUAUUAUGGCCUUAAAGAGCAAGAAACUGCCGUCAUGGAGAUCCAAAAUCGAUUGAAGUUAAACAAUAUGGAGGCUAAGCUUUUCACUCUCAAGAUUGAGUCGUUACAGGCAGAUAACCAGAGACUAGCGGCACAAGUGGCUGAUCAUGUGAAUGUGGUGGCUGAGCUUGAGGCUGCAAGAGCAAAAAUUAAAAUGCUCAAGAAGAAACUUUGUUCUGAAGCUGAACAGAACAGGGAACAUAUCUUAGCCCUUCAGGGAAGAGUUGCAAAGUUGCAAGACCAGGAAUACAAGGCUGAUCCAAGUGAUCCGAAAAUCCAAUUAAAGCUGCAAAGACUAAACGAUAUGGAGGUUGAGGCUGAAGAGUUGAGAACGUCUAAUAUGAGAUUGCAGGUUGAAAAUACUGAAUUGAGUCGGAGGUUGGAAUCUACACAAAUCCUUGCAAAUUCUGUUUUGGAAGAUCCAGAGGCAGAAGCAUUUAGGGUGGAGGGGGAGAAUCUAAGACAUAAAAACAAAGACCUGGAAGAGGAAAUCGAGCGACUUCAAGCAUAUCGAUGUUCUGAUGCUGAAGAAUUGGUCUAUUUGAAGUGGAUAAAUGCUUGCUUACGAUAUGAGCUUCGAAAUUAUCAGCCUCGUGAUGGUAAAACAGUGGCAAGGGACCUAAGCAAAACAUUAAGCCCGAAAUCUGAAGAGAAAGCAAAGCAGUUAAUUCUUGAGUAUGCAAAUACUGAAGGGGUGGGAGAAAAAGGGAUCCACAUUAUGGACUUUGAUUAUGACCAAUGGUCAUACUCCCAUGCUUCCAUUCUUACAGACUCUGGAGAGCUUGAUGAUACUUCUGCAGAUAAUUCGCCUGCAACCAGAACCAACAGUUCGAUCAAGACUAAACUUUUCAGCAAACUUGGGAGAAUUAUUCGUGGGAAAGACAGUCAUGAUAAUCAUGUUUUAUCAAUGGAGAAGUCUGGAUCUUUGGAAUGUGGAGACUCUCCAAGGUGCAGUUCAAAUAUUUCAAGAGGAACUGAUGCUGGAACUGAAAGGCAUGGCAGCAGACUUGUUACUCCUCAGGAUUCAUCUAGACCUUCUCUGGAUCUCCACCGAUUCAGGAGUCUAAGGGAUGAAAGUAUCAAGGAUAUAGAUAGUGUCCAGAAAUAUAGUGAUUUGGGAUCCUCUUAUGGAUACAAGAGGUUUGUUUUGAGUAGGGGAAGUGCUGAUUGGGCUAUCACCCCUAAAAGCCUACUUGAUGGAGACUUGGAUGCCACUGAGAAAUCUGAGCUGGUGAAAUAUGCAGAAGUUUUAAAGGACUCUCAUGGUGGAUCGCCGAAGUUUCGUAAACGAUCAGCAUCUGUUAGUUUCUUUUGACAAAUUGCCAUCACUAGCUGCAGCACUUUCACACUUCAUCAACCUUUUAUACACAUGCAAUCAAACAUAUGGUGAAGAAAUUUACUAUUUGAUGCCAUGUGACAAUUUCUUUUGGUUAGAAACCAGUCAGAAGCUUAUUGUACCUUGUAUGUAUGUUUGAUUUUUUUUUCUUAUUAGAUGCAUGUUUAAACAUUGAAAGUCUCUCUCAGUUGCACAUUCAAUCUGAUGACUCAAAACAAAGUUUUCUAAAGAUUGCAGCUAAAUGGUUAAUCUUUUGGCUUAUAUCUUGUGUCCUAAGCGGUUAUGAUUGUAAAAUCAAACAAUUUUAUAGGUGAAUUGUGAGUCCACGGCUUUGUGAGUAAA